AAACAAAACACUUGACAAGUAUGGAUUGAAUCCUCACAUUUUCCUGUUUCUGCAGACAUUGAUUAAUAAAUGAAAACGUCAUGAUUUUGGUGCAAUGUCAGGGGAAAGUAAAAAUAAAAGGGUGGAAAGAAAUAAAAAACGUUCCACAAUCAGGCAUUUGAUCGGAGUAGAUUCCUUGUUACCAAGUCAUUGCUCAGCCACAAGUUUCUAUUCGAUUCCCCGAGACAUUCAUAGCUGGAGCUAUAUCAUUUUUUGUUCUAUUCUGGUGAUGUCUUGUCAGGUUCUUUCAGAGAUUACAAUGUAAAAACCAAAUUGAUGCUUUAUAGAAACAAAAUAUAGAUUUGGAUGGAAGUUUCUUUCUUUGGACUAUUUCAUGGUGAUGACAAAAUCAUUCAACUCUUGUUCUUGGUUCAACCUAUAAGGUUUGGCUGUUUUUCAACAUCCAAGGCCUAUAAAUGCUCUUCCAACACAACUUUUCAAUUCCCUAGCGAUGGAUACCGUGAUUGGAGUCCUUGCUGAAACUGGUAUAUGUGCGCUCAACUUUUUCUUUUCAAGCAUUUCCACCCUUGUAAAACUCCACCAUAACACCAAACGCCUGCAGGAUGAAAUAGAAAAACUUGAGGAUCGAAAGAAUGGGAUCGAAGAUGAUGUAAGAUUAGCUGAAACAGAAGGGAAAUGUCCAACUGCACAAGUCAAAGGAUGGCUUAGAAAUGUUGAGGAGAUCGAACGAGAAGUACAGCCAAUGUUAGAACAGGCUGAUGGGAUCGCUGUACAAGGAUGCAGUCCAUGCUGCAACAUUCUUACCCGGUACCGGCUCAGCAGACGUAUGGCAAAGAAGCUUCUUGUGGUGAAGAAGCUGAUUGAUUCUUGCAAUUUUGAUACUAUUGUUACUGUCAAGAAGUCUCCUGUAAGAGCUGUUGAGGAACAAGGACCAUCUCUUGCCGGUCAGAGAGAAGCAGAAGAGAUGAUAGACAAACUAAUGGAAUUGUUGAAGCGGGAUGAAAACAAAAGGAUAGCUGUGUGGGAGACUACAUUGGUCAGAAACCUGAACAACAAGCUUGAGUCGUCCUCUUUGAUGGAAGCACUAGAUAUUGUCAUCUGGGUCACAGUGUCAAAGGACUUGGAUUUGAACAAGGUUCAAUCUCAAAUAGCCAAGAGAUUGAACUUAGAAUUGGAUGCCAACGAUUCCUUGGAAGAAAGGGCUAAGAUGCUGCUUAAAAGAUUGAUGAAGAAAAGGUUCCUCCUGAUUCUGAAUGAUGUUUGGGAGCAAAUUGAUUUGGACAGUGUGGGGGUCCCCGAAAGCUAUGAUCAAGCCAACUGUAAGAUUCUCCUGACAACUCGAUCCCUCGAUGUCUGCAGGGCAAUAAUGACCGAUGAACAGAUCAAGCUGGACGUUCUAAACGAAGAAGCAGCUUGGAAUUUGUUUGCUCAGAAUGCGGGAGAUGCGGUAGAAGUACCAGGCAUUAAUCCACUAGCAAGGGCAGUUGCAAGGGAAUGCAGUGGCUUGCCAUUAGCACUCAAGACAGUUGGGAAAUCAAUGAGGAACAAAAGGAAAAUUGAGUUGUGGAAACAUGCACUUCACCAUUUGCAGUGUUCAGCUCCUCACAUCAAAAGCAUCGAGGACGAAGUCUAUCUUCCUUUAAAGUUGAGUUACAACUCAUUGCCAAGUAAGAUUCUGCAGUCAUGCUUUCUGUUUUGUUCUUUAUAUCCGGAAAACUAUUCGAUCCGAACAAACGAAUUGAUUCAAUGCUGGAUAGCUGAUGGAUUAAUCAAUGAACACCAGUCUCUAGAAGAAUGUUUCAAUGAUGGGAUAGCUUUGAUUGAAACUCUGAUGGACUAUUGCUUAUUAGAACAAGGUGAAGCGGCUGGAACUGUGAAAUUGCAUGAUUUGGUCAGGGAUGUAGCCAUAUGGAUAUCAAAGAAAAGUGGAUUUUCAUGUGAAUCCAGCACUACCUCAGAUGAAAUAAAACAAGUGUCAGAGGAAUCUCGGACAAGGAUUUCAUUUAUGAACAUCACUAAAUUACCCAAACAAUUAUCUGGUUUCUCUGAGCUAACUGUGCUAUUCCUUCUAGGUAAUCCUAUUAACAAAAUCCAUGAUAAUCUCUUUGGAGGACUUAGAAAGCUCAGAGUCCUAAAUUUGAGCCAAUCUCAUAUAGCUUCUUUGCCACCUUCUCUUAGUCAGCUACAGAAGCUUCGUGCUCUUCUACUAAGAGACUGUUGUUAUCUAGAGAAGCUACCCCCACUUGGAGCUCUUUAUAAACUCCAGGUGAUCGAUCUCUCUGGCACUAGACUUAGGGAACUACCAAACGGGAUGAGUAAGCUAAACAAGCUGAGAGAACUACAUUUGUCCCGAACACACCAUCUAGAAACCAUUGAAGCAGGUACAAUUUCAGGAUUGCAAAGCCUGGAGUUAUUGGACAUGUCUUUCGGUGCAUAUAACUGGGAUGCCAGAUGCCAUGUAGAAGAUGGGAGAGUUGCAUUCGAUGAAAUACUUACCCUGGAGCAGCUAUCAAUAGUUAAAAUAAGACUAGAAAAGGUUGAUUCUCUUCCACUGGAUGCUGCUUGGUUGAGGAGACUGAAAGAGUUUAACAUACAAAUUAGCCCAGCCAGUUGUGAUUCAAACCAUCUGCCAACUCAACAUGAUGAAAAGAGAGUCAUUCUCAGAGGAGUCGACCUUAUGGGAAGAGGGCUCAAUGGGCUGUUGUGCACUGCAAGUGCCUUGGACCUGGUUAUAUGUGGAGGCAUGAGUGCCUUAUCCGAACUGGCUGUCAACAAUAGCUUGUCCGGCCUGAAAAGCUUGAAGUCACUCACUAUAUCAAAGUGUGAUUGCAUUACUAGUCUGAUAAGUGGAGAGAACAUUUUGGGAAGCAUCUUACCGAACUUGGGGCAUUUAAGCCUCUCUCGCUUAGAAAAUUUAUCAGCAAUUUUGGGUGGCAUGGUCCCUAGAAGAGGAUGCCUCAGAUGGCUAAAAACCAUAGAAGUGGUGGACUGUAAAAAACUGAAGACCCUCAUAUCCUUUGCUUUACUUCAACAGGUUAAAAACCUUGAAAAGAUCAAGGUAAGAAACUGCAGAAAAAUGAAAUGUAUCAUUUCAGGAGAAGUUUCUAUAGACAUGAUCCCAAAACUAAGAGUCAUAGAAUUGAGAGCUUUGACCAUGUUAAAGACAGUUUGUUCAAGUGUGCCUGCAUGGCCCGCUUUGGAGAUGAUUGAAGUGAGAAACUGUCCCAUGCUGACAAAGCUUCCUUUUGCAACAAGCAAUGCAGCAACUCUUAGAGAAAUAAGAGGGGAGUUACAGUGGUGGAAUAGUCUUACGUGGAAUGAUCAUCAUGAUGAUGAGAUAAAAUUCAGCCUUCAGCAACGAUUCCAACCAUGCACAGCCUCUCCAAUGCUGAGAAUGGAAGACAGAUGGGUAAGAACAAUUCCCCUUCCAGUCCAUGCCUUUUGCUUUACAUUUGGUUUCUCGAGUAUUUCUUACUCUUCUUCUCUGGUUAAUUUUCCUUGUUCAUAGGCCUAGUAGCCGGGAAAGGCCAUGGUUGAGAAAUGGUCUUCAACAA